AUGUUGCAACAUGGAGUCAGAGAAGGCGAUGACAAGUGGGCUUACCGCGACGACUCAUUCCAACACAUCCAUACAGACAAAGUAUCACUGGACCCCUAUAGGCUGGAAAGUCGCAAGUCAUUAGCACUAAUCAAGGAGAUCCUUCCUGCACCACCUAUACAACGAGUAGAAAAGGCAUCGAUCGACGAAGUAUUCCUCGAUCUUUCAGCUCAGGUUCAUGCUACGCUCCUCGAGCGCUACCCAGAGCUGCGGCAUGCUCCGUACGAUGACCUGAGCGAAUAUCUGCCCCUGCCUGCCACAACGGCACUCAACUGGGAAGCAGACGGCCUAGUUGAUGUGGAUGUCGAUCAGAACGAAGAAGAUAACCCGGACUGGGACGAUAUCUGCAUGAAUAUAGGGAGUGAGAUUGUUCGUGGAGUUCGACAGCAGAUUAAGGAUAAACUAUUCUACACAUGCUCGGCAGGUCUAGCCCGCAACAAAAUGAUGGCUAAGCUUGGGGCUGGAUACAAGAAACCCAACCAGCAGACUAUCGUCAGGAAUCGUGCUGUGCAGCAUUUCCUAUCACAAUUCAAAUAUACCAAAAUACGCAAUCUAGGCGGAAAGCUUGGUGAGCAGGUAUCGCAGAUAUACAAUACAGAGGCUAUUAAAGAUCUGCUGGAAAUCUCUAUUGACAACUUGAAGUCAAAAUUCGGCGAUGAUACAGGGACGUGGAUCUAUAACAUUAUUCGAGGCAACGACACAAGUGAGGUGAGCUAUCGAACACAAAUCCAGAGCAUGCUGUCCGCAAAAUCAUUCCGACCUACCAUUAAUAGCUUCGAGCAAGCUGUAAGAUGGCUUCGCAUAUUCGUUUCAGACAUAUAUGCUCGUCUUGUUGAAGAAGGGGUAACUGAGAACAAGCGAAGGCCGAGAUCAAUCAAUUUGCAUCAUCGUCAAGGUGGGCAAAUGAGGUCGAAGCAGCUGCCAAUAUCAAGCAGAAGGAAAAUAGACUGGGAUAUGCUCUUCGACCUCGCUAAGACUCUCCUCCAACAAGUCAUUGCUGACGGACAGGCAUGGCCUUGUGCUAACUUGUCACUCAGUGUGGGCGGCUUUGAAGAGGGUGAAAGCGGAAACAUGAACAUCAACGGAUUUCUGAUUCGUGGUGAAGAAGCAAGAGCUAUUGAAGCAACUUCCAGGAGUGACACACCACUCGAGGAGGGUCGACCUGAGAAGAGAAGAAGAACCGACUAUAAUUCAGGCAUAAGUCGCUUCUUCAAGUCCGAGAGCACUGGAGAUGACAUGAUCAAUUCAAGCGAUAUAGAAGUUCCAGAAGGUUCACCUGAACGGCACCUACCUGAGCAGAAUACUGGCCUCGAACGAUCAGGAUCGUACCGUCGAGAUAUCGAGACGUAUUUCUGCAAAGACUGCAACAAGUCUGUGCCUCAAUCUGAACAAACUGAACACCAGGAUUGGCACUUUGCUAGAGAUCUACAAGCUGAAGACCGUUCAAUUGCUGCCGGAUCUAGCAACAGCAGGCCUCCUGGACAAUCGAAGCGCGGUAGUGGUUUGAAGCCACGAGGUCGAGGGGGCAAACCUGAAAAAGGUCAGAGUCGCCUGGCUUUUGGCUAA